CUUGUCAGGUGAAAGAGAACAGUAGCGGAAAUUCUAAAUCAAAUAACGUUCAUGUUCAGGAAAACGUUGAAAGUCAAAACGAAAUUGAAACAGAUACCAGCAUCAAUAAGCAAGAUAACAAUGAAAAAAAUGGAUACUGGAAAAUAGAUGAGCAUGCUAGGAAGGCACCUAAAGGUAUGCGGAAUUCUACAGACCUGGUAACUUAUUUCUCAUCCUUUUCUAAAGAUACAAGAAUGAUUGUCCGAGGGAUUUUUGUCUGGAUUUCAGAAAACAUAAGAUAUGAUGUCAAUGGGUAUCUUGGAAGAUCAUCUAUGGCGCCAUGUGAUGGACAAUCAGUGUUAACAUGUGGUAAAAGUGUCUGUGCGGGUUAUGCAAGAGCAUUCGAGCUGUUGUGCAGGGAUGCUGCGAUUCCUGUUAAGACGAUAUCUGGUUUCUCAAAAGGUUUCGGCUAUUCUCCAUCUGAACCAAUUUCCUUUAAGCAAAACACAGAUCAUGCCUGGAAUGCUGUUCAACUUGAAGGAAAAUGGCACCUUUUAGAUUGUACUUGGGGAGCUGGCUACGUUGAAUGGGAAAAAAAAUAUUUCAAAAAAGCAUUUGAUGAGUUCUACUUCCUUACAGAUCCAAAAGAAUUUGUUUCUGAUCAUUUCCCAUACAUGGAUAACAACAUCGAAGAAAGUCAGAAAUGGCAAUUGCUAUCUAAACCUAUAAGUCUCGAAAAGUUUAGCAGUAACGUGAAGUAUAGUCCACAAGCUUUUAAACUAGGUGUGCUGCCAGUCAGUCACAAAAAGGCAUAUUUUGAAAUGAGGGAUGAAUUGCAGAUGACACUGCAUAGUACUGGAAAUGAAGACAUUUACAUAAAUUCAAGAUUAAUGCUUGAAUAUGGACAAAAAGUACAGGAGAAUGCGACGUUUUGUUAUCAGGAAAAUGGUCUUUUCAAAAUUCUUGUUCAUCCUCGAAAACCAGGUAUGUAUACAUUGGACAUAUUUGGUAAAUCUUUUUUGGAUACAACAAAUGAAGGUUGUUCACAUUUGAUGCGAUAUAAUUUCAAAUGUACAAAAGUAACGGACAAGAAUCAUGAAUAUCCAACUGUUUAUAGAGGAACUUUCGUUGAAAAAUGUUUGCUACACGAGCCUUUGAAUCGUAGAUUGCCUUCAAAAACCGAAAUUCAGUUUCGCAUCUCAUCACCUGUGUUGCAACAGAUUAUGAUAGACCAUACAUACUUUGAGAAGAAUGGAACAAUGUUCACAGGCAAAAUUACAACAGGUGCUAAGGGACAUAAAGUAAAUAUAUUAGGUAAAAGGACUGAACCAGAAAGCAAUUGGACCCACUUGUUUUCUUUCUGCACAAUCUGAAUGUAACGUUUUUAAAGUUCUCCUGUCUGGACACUGUAUAUUCAAAAUUGAGUUUUACUUGGAUGUGUUUAUUUUUAGGGGGUCUCGUACUGUAUAAAUAUUGAAUGAAGAUUACUUUGAAACGUUAGUAGACGACCUAAUUGAAUCAUUUCUUCAUUGCAUUUGAAAUUGUAUACUCUUUGAUUGAGAACUAACACUGUUUAAUAACAUCAAUAGUGUCCUAUGUCCAUUAUAAAUUAUCUUAUUAUGCACAAUAUAUAUAUGUACUUCUCUUCAUGACGGAUGAAGAAAUUGAACAUUUGUUAGGUUGACCAUCUUUUUUAAUUUUGUUAAACUGAAUUUAAGUCUUUCAUCUUAGCCUAUCUGUUUCAUAGCAAGACGAAUCAGUAUCAUUUUUUAAAUAUACCAUUUGCUUUUUCCGUUUGACUUUUAGAAUGUACUCAAUUAUGAUGGUGGGCAAAAUAAACUAUUUUUUCUAAUUAAGCUCGUGAUUGUUCUUCGUGUGUCAACUAUGCUAUUUUUUAAAACAUCUGCGUUCAAAAAAUACUAAAAUCAUGUGUGUAGUGUACCGAUUCAUAAUCUUAUUCACAUUUAAAAAAAACCUGACAUGAGCAACGUCAUGUAAAAAUGGUUAAAGUUAAAAGUGCUGAAAUACGUUUUUACAUAAAAGCUCGGGCAUAACUAAAAUAAAUCUGCUAUAAAUGUUAAUAGUGUUAUUUAUAUUAUUUGUGUAACUAUAAAAUAUCAUAUGCAACCGUUUCGAGAUAGAUGAAGAAGUUCAAAAAUUGGCUCGAGUUAAUCAAAGAAAAAAACGCUCCAUAGUAACUGAUAAAAACAUGCAAAAAGUCAAGCUUAUCAUUGAUAAAGAUGCAAUGUAUGUACUUUAUUUUACCCAGAUAGCCGAUAUCGCAGGCAUAUCAAAAGGAUCUGGAAAGUCACUUUCGUGUCCGCUCAAUAACUUUAAAACUGCUGAAUAUUUUUUAAAUACCUUGGCACAAGUGAUCUCCUUUAAGCUGGUUUAACUAUUUUACGCCAGUUCGCAAGUGUUACAAUAAGAUUUGGGCCACCAAAUAUGUCGAUCAUACAUUUUUAAGCGAUUGUCAAAGUC